AUGUCUUCCUCCUCCGAAAGCCGUCGCAAAUUUGACUCCAGAUCUAGUAGUGGUCCAAACAGGAGGAGGUACAACGUGUUCUUGAGUUUCUGCGCUACAGAUGCCGGACAGCUUGUUCCCCGUCUCUGUAGCGCUCUUAGUUGGGAACCUGGAAUUGUUGUUUUUGGGGAAGACGAGAGGUUUCAACAUAGGGAACAUGUAGAGUCAGUGCUGAAUGUAAUUGGAGAAUGCCAAAUUGCUAUUGUUGUAUUUUCAAUAAAUUAUACUAAUUCCAGUUCGUGUAUUCAAGAAUUGGAGAAAAUAACCGAGUGUUGUCGAACCUCCGAUUUACGUGUUCUUCCCUUGUUUUAUGAUGUUGUUCAUGCCUCCUACGGAAGUUUAAAGGAAGAUAUGUUUGGAGAGUCUUUUCCUAGUUUCCUUGAUAGAAUAUCCAUGAAGGAAAUCUCUGAAAAUGAAGAUAAGUUCAUGACUUGGGUGGCUUUGAUAACUAAACCUACCAAAUAUUUAGGAUCAAUUGAUCUCCUACACAAACCCACGCACAUGUAUGGAAAUGUAAACAUUGGGGAAAUAGUUGAAGGUGUUAGGUUUGUGAUAAACAGAAGAAAGUUGUUGUUUAAGGCUGUGGAAGAUGUGGUUCAACUAUUGAAACAAUCAAAAUCUCCUCUCCUACUAGGGAUAUGGGGGAUGACAGGGAUCGGUAAAUCAACCAUUGCCCAAACCACUUUUGCUCAAAUUGGUCUUUACUUUGAAUACGCGUGCUUCCUCCGAAACAUUGCGGAACUUUGGAAAAACAAUAUUGGUAGAGUUUCAUUACUAGACGAACUUCUUUCCAUUAUUGACGGACCAACUAAAAUACGUAUGCCCACAAUUAAGUCAAUGAAAGUGAUCAUAAAACAAAGUCUUCGACAUAAAAGAAUACUUCUUGUACUUGAUGGUGUUGAUAGAUUGGAGCAGCUACAUGCUUUGUGUGGAAGUCGUGAAUGGUUUGGUGAAGGUAGCAAAAUAAUCAUCACGACAAGAGACAGACAUCUACUCAAGGAGCAUGGAGUUGACCAUAUAUAUCAAGUGAAACUAUUGGAUCAAAGUAAGUCACUCGAGGUUUUGAAUUCGGGUGCAUUCGGCCAAGCACAGAAUCCUCGAGAAGAUUUUGUUGAAGUUUCUAGACAACUAGUUCCUUAUUGUGGGGGAUUACCUCUUGCUCUUGAAGCCCUUGGGAUGUUCUUGCGUGGAAAGGAAGUACUUGAAUGGAAGGGUGUGUUGAGGAGUCUCCAAAGAUUUUCCAUUCCAGUUCCACGAUUACUAAAUACUCUAGAAAAGAGUUUUAGUAAUUUGAGUAAUGAAGAGAAAUGCAUAUUCCUUGAUAUAGCACAUUUCUUUAUAGGGAUGAACCAAAAUGAUGUACUCCAAACAUUAAAUAGGUCAACACAAUCCGCAGCUCUUCAAAUAAGUCUCCUUCAAGACAAGAGCUUUGUAACCAUUGAUGAGAAUAACAAACUUGAAAUGCCUGUUCUGCUACAAGCCAUGGCAAGAGAUAUCAUUAAGAAGGAAUCAAGUAAUAAGACUGAUCAGCCAAAGACAUACGAUGUGUUUUUGAGUUUCAGAGGGGAAGACAAUCGGGCAAAGUUCGUGUCACAUCUCCAUUCGUCUCUUCAAAAUGCAGGGAUUUAUGUUUUCAAAGACGACAACGAGAUUCAACGAGGAGAUCAGAUCUCAUUCUCACUGUUGCAAGCAAUUGGAGAGUCUAGAAUUUCAAUCGUUGUUUUGUCUACAAAUUAUGCUAAUUCUAGAUGGUGUAUGCUAGAGUUGGAGAAGAUCAUGGAAAUUGGCAGGGUCAAGGGUCUGGUGGUCGUGCCAGUGUUCUAUGAGGUAGAUCCCUCAGAAGUACGUCACCAGAAAGGUCUUUUUGGAAAAGCUUUUGAAGGUCUUAUAUCAACAACAAUCUCGGUGGAUAAAUCCACUAAGAGUAAUUGGAGAAAAGAACUCUUUGAUAUCGGUGGCAUUGGAGGGUUUGUACUCGUAGAUUCCAGGAAUGAAAGUGGUGAUAUCAAGAAUAUUGUUGAACAUGUUACUCGUUUGCUAGACAGAACAGAGUUAUUUGUUGCUGAACAUGCAGUGGGAAUUGAAUCUCGUGUGCAAGCCGCAACUAAGCUUUUAAACAUCCAAAAAGCAGAAGAUGUUUUACUUCUAGGGAUAUGGGGCAUGGGGGGUAUGGGAAAAACAACCAUUGCCAAAGCCAUUUAUAAUAAAAUUGGGAGCAAAUUUGAGGGAAAGAGCUUCCUUUUGAAUAUAAGGGAAUUUUGGGAAAUGGAUACUAAUCAAGUCUCAUUACAACAACAGGUACUUUGUGAUGUUUACAAAACAACUUCAUUCAAGAUACGUGACAUUGAGUCAGGGAAAAAUAUAUUGAAGCAAAGACUUGGCCAAAAAAGGGUUCUGUUUGUGCUUGAUGAUGUGAAUGAACUGGACCAACUAAAGGCUUUGUGUGGAAGCCGCAAAUGGUUUGGUUCAGGGAGUAGAAUAAUCAUUACAACAAGAGAUAUGCAUCUUCUUAGAUCGUGUAGAGUUGAUCAAGUGUAUAAAAUAGAAGAAAUGGACGAAAGUGAAUCUCUUGAGCUUUUUAGUUGGCAUGCAUUCAAGCAACCAAGUCCGGAAGAAGAUUUUGCUACACCUUCAUCCAAUGUGGUUGCUUACUCUGGGAGAUUGCCACUAGCACUUGAAGUCCUUGGCUCCUAUUUGUCUGACUGUGAAAUAACAGAGUGGCACGAAGUUUUGGAGAAGCUCAAAUAUAUCCCCGAUAAUCAAGUACAGAAGAAGCUAAGAGUAAGCUUCGAUGGUUUAAAAGAUGUUACGGAGCAACAAAUAUUUCUUGAUAUAGCUUGUUUUUUUAUUGGGAUGGACCGAAAUGAUGUCAUACAAAUAUUAAAUUCGUGUGGAUUUUUUGCCGAUAUUGGAAUUAAAGUCCUUGUAGAGCGAAGCCUUGUAACUGUUGACAACAAGAACAAACUUAGAAUGCAUGAUUUGCUGAGAGACAUGGGAAGACAAAUAAUAUAUGAGGAAUCUCCAUUUGAUCCUGAGAACCGCAGUAGGUUGUGGCGCCAUGAGGAAGUGUUUGAUAUAUUAUCAAAGCAAAAGGGAACUGAAGCUGUCAAGGGUCUGACUCUGGAGUUUCCAGGAAAAAAUACAGUUUGUCUGAAUACCAAUGCAUUUAAGAAGAUGAAUAAACUCAGAUUGCUUCAACUUGCUGGCGUACAGCUUAAUGGACAUUUUAAAAAUCUUUCGGGAGAUCUUAGGUGGUUGUACUGGCAUGGAUUUCCGUCAACUUACACUCCUGCAGGAUUUCAGCAAGGAAGUCUAGUUGUUGUCGAAUUAAAAUAUAGUAAUCUCAAACAAAUAUGGAAGAAGAGCCAGAUGCUAGAGAAUCUAAAAAUUCUUAAUCUUAGUCAUUCUCGGGAUUUGACUGAAACCCCCGAUUUUUCAUGCUUGCCAAAUCUUGAAAAGCUAGUACUCAAAGACUGUCCAAGUUUGUCUACGGUCUCCCAUAGCAUUGGAUCUCUCCGUAAAAUUCUUCUUAUUAAUUUGACAGACUGCACAGGUCUUCGAGAACUUCCUAGAAGCAUCUAUAAAUUAAAAUCUCUAGAAACUUUGAUUCUUUCCGGAUGUUCCAUGAUCAACAGAUUGGAGGAAGACAUGGAACAAAUGGAAUCAUUGACAACCUUGAUUGCAGAUAAGACUGCAAUAACAAAAGUGCCUUUUUCAAUAGUAAGAUCGAAAAACAUUGGAUACAUUUCUUUAUGUGGCUUUGAAGGAUUUUCACGUGAUGUAUUUCCUUCUAUCAUUCGGUCUUGGAUGUCACCAUCAAAGAAUUUGAUAUCUCUAGUUCAAACAUAUGUGCCCACAUCAUCUCUUGGUACUUUCAAGGACCUUCCAAAGCUUCGAAGUCUUUGUGUAGAGUGCGGCUCUAAACAUCAACUAAGUCGAGAUGUGGCAAAUAUUUUGGAUGUAUUAAGAGCUACAAAUUGUCAUAAAUUGGAUGCAAGGGCAACUACGUCACAAAUCUAUGAUACAUUUCCUUCUCCUUUAACUGAUGAUUGCCUUGGUGAAGUUCGCACUUCAGGGUCAAAGAAUUACUUGAAAUCUUUCUUAAUUCAAAUGGGAACGAAAUGCCAAGUAUCCAAUAUUGCCGAAGACAACAUUAUACAGACAGCAGACGGGACUUGGGAUUCAUUUUUGCUCCCCUGUGACAAUAUAUCUGAUUGGUUAAACUUCAGUUGCAAAGGUAGUUCUGUAAUAUUUGUUGUCCCGGCAAUCAAAGGGUGUAUCCUGAAGAGUAUGAUGUUGUUUGUCCGCUAUUACUCUUCCCCAGACAACAUAAUAUCAGAAGGUUGCGAUGGUAUGUUGGUCGUAAAUUACACAAAGACAACCAUUCAGGUCUAUAAAAGAGAUACACUAAUCUCCUUUGAGGAUGGUGAUUGGCAAAGUAUUACAGCAAAUCUAGAACCUGGUGACGAAGUGGAGGUUAAGGUUGUUUUUGGGGAGGGGUUCAUUGUCGAGGAGACAACAAUAUAUCUCUUAUAUGAUGAACCAAUCAACCAAGAAAUGGAAAACUGUAAUGCAGUAGAUGAGGAGGAUGUUAUUGUUUAUUAUGGUCAUGAUGAGGAGGAUGUUAGUGUAUCUGGUGGUUAUAAUACUGAUGUACCAGUGGAAAACAUUGCUACUGGUCUUGGUCAAGAUGAAAAUAUAAGUGAAGAUAGGCGCAUGCAUGCAAUGGAUAAGAAUUCUGAUGAUGUUGCCAAUGCCAUGGCAACAAAUAAGAAACGUGCCUGCUGUUUCUGGUGGCGGUGA